AUGAAGCGGAAAAUUCUCGUUGUCGAUGACAGCAACGUUACUCGAAAGCUUGUUUCUCGGGCUUUUGAAAAGGCCAAUUUUAUUGUAGACACUGCUUCUAACGGGGCAGAAGGUGUCGAAAAGCUCAAAGCAUCGAUUUAUGAUAUUGCUUUUAUGGACAUUGACAUGCCUGUGAUGAAUGGCUUUGAAGCGACCAAAAAGCUAAGAGAAUGGGAGGACACAAUGCGUCCCGGGUGCCGGCAACCUAUUUGCGCCCUGACCGCAACUUACGUCGACGACUUCGAACGUAGCGAGCUGAUGAAGUUUAGGGAAGCCGGACUUGACGUGAUGGAAAGUAAGCCUUGCAAUAUGCCUCGGCUUUUUAAAGUCGUU